ACCAAAAACCCUCUUCCUCCCUCUGCCGCGCACUGAACACACGACUAGCACACGCGGCGGCGACCGUGCGGGGGAAGCGCGAUGCCGUCCGCAGUCCCUUCCGCCGCCCUUCUUCUCCUCGCCGUCCUCUCGGCCGAGGCGCAGCCGCUCAAGGGCCUCGUGCCCAAGAACGGGAGCGUGGUCUUGGUCGGCGGUAACGUCACCGCGGCGGCCGGCGCGGCAGCGAUGUGCUACCGGACGAGCGUAGUCGAAGAAAAAGCCAAGCUGAACAAGGCGGCCCUCGACGUGGCCCCUCUUGCCGUGUGCCUCGACGACGACCUGUCUCUGCCGGGGGCGCUGCUGCUCAACGGCGCGGGCUCAGUGCCGUCACCGGCGUCAGCGCGCCAGUCCGCGCCACUGCGAAUGCUGGAGGGCGCGCGCGCGCGUACGCCUGGAGCAUCUCCUGCAGAUGCAGAUAAGAAGGGCUUGAGCGGGCGAGCAAAGGCAUGGUGUUUCUGGGCCCUCGCCGUGGCGGCGACGGCCGUCGUUUUCGUUGUGCGGCCAGAAACGUUCCUGGUCUCGCGCAUCGGCCCCACCUCCACUGACGAUGACGCGCCCGUGGUCGACGGCGAUGGCGAGCUCUUCGACUGCCCCAUCUGCAUGGAGACGGUGCCCGGCAUCCUCAAGUUCAGCGUCGCCUCGUGCAGCCACGCCUUCUGCUCGAACUGCGUCGCCCAGUACGUCGCUGCUAAGCUGAGCGAGAACGUCGCUCGCGUCAAAUGCCCUGACCCAGGCUGCGAGGACGGCGCCGUCGAGCCGGAGAGCUGCUUCGGCAUCAUCUCCUCGGACCUGAUCGACAAGUGGGGUUUCCUGCUGUGCGAGUCCGCGCUCGGUGCCAAGAGGGUGCACUGCCCGUACAGAGAAUGCUUGGCGCCCCUUCUGGCCGACGGCGAGGGUGGGGCGGCGGCGAUCGCGGAGGCGGAGUGCCCGCACUGCCACCGGCUGUUCUGCGCCCGGUGCGCGGCGCCGUGGCACGCCGGCGUCGGGUGCAGGGAGUUUCAGGAGCUCAGCCAGGACGAGCGCGGCCGGGAGGACCUCCUGAUGAGGCGGCUGGCCGGACGGCAGAGGUGGCAGCGGUGCCCACAGUGCAAGAUGUACGUGGAGAAAUCGGAAGGAUGCAACUACAUCAAAUGCAGGUGUGGAUGCAGCUUCUGCUACAGAUGUGCGUCCAAGGUGUCCGCCCAAACCCAUUACUGCGGCAUGUGCAAGCGCUAACGAUUCCUUUGGUUAUGGAGCGAGGGCUUUCACCAGUCACCGCCGAUGCACCGAGACUAUAUAUACAGAGUAACCAGCUAAUAAUACAUGGCUUCAUCCACUACCGGAAACUGGCCCUACCCCGACGGCCAAAUCAAUGCCGACGGCUGCCGUCGGCCUACUUUGCGCUAUGCCGACAGCCACGUCUUGGCCGUCGGCGUACCUCGGCCGUCGGGCUACCACGAGCUAAGCCGACGGUACCCGUCGGCAUACAUAUGUCGUCGGCCCAGCUGAGAACAUGGCGACAGCAGCCGUCGGCAUACCCGUGGGCCCGGCGACCCCGCCCGUGACCAGCGGCUAACGUCGUCAAAUCUAUGCCGACGGCCUGGACGGCCGGCCGUCGGCAUAUAUCGUCAUGCCACGUCACAGAUCCGCGGCGCAUCGUCCAUGAGCUAAGCCGACGGCUGCCGUCGGCGUACAUGCCACGUCAGCGAUCCGCGGCACGCCGCCCGCCGCCUAA